AUGGCCGACUACGAUGAUGGCCCCGAGCCUCCCAGGCGGGACACUAGGAACCAUAUGCUGUUUGAGGUGGCUACGGAGGUUGCCAAUCGAGUCGGUGGGAUCUACUCCGUCCUCAAGUCCAAGGCGCCCGUGACGACGGCAGAGUAUGGCGAUCGUUACACCCUCAUCGGGCCCCUCAAUAAAGCUUCCGCUGCUGUGGAGGUGGAAGAGUUGACCCCGUCGAACCCGCACCUGGUCGAGACGAUUGCGUCCAUGAAGCAACGGGGAAUCCAUAUUGUCUACGGGCGAUGGUUGAUUGAAGGCGCUCCCCGCGUGAUCCUGAUCGAGACGGGAACCGGAUACAAAUAUCUGAACGAGUGGAAGGGAGAUCUAUGGAACUCGUCGGGCAUUCCAUCGCCAGAAGGUGAUCAUGAGACCAACGAGGCCAUCGUCUUUGGUUACCUGGUAGCCUGGUUUCUAGGAGAGUUCAUCGCCCACGAACGUCGGCGAGCUGUGAUCGCCCAUUUCCAUGAAUGGCUCGCGGGAGUCGCCCUCCCUUUGACCAAGAAGCGACACAUGGACCUAACCACCAUCUUCACCACGCAUGCUACUUUGCUGGGACGAUACCUGUGUGCAGGCUCGGUCGACUUUUACAACAACCUGCAGUAUUUCGACGUCGACGCUGAGGCGGGCAAGCGCGGCAUCUACCACCGCUAUUGCAUCGAGAGAGCAGCUGCUCACUCCGCCGACGUCUUUACCACUGUCUCGCACAUCACGGCAUUCGAGAGCGAGCACUUGCUGAAGCGGAAACCCGACGGCGUGUUGCCCAAUGGCCUCAACGUGAAGAAGUUUUCAGCGGUGCACGAGUUCCAGAACCUGCACUCGCAGGCCAAGGAGAAGAUCCACGACUUCGUCCGCGGGCAUUUCUAUGGAUACAAUGACUUUGAUCUCGACAACACCUUGUACUUCUUCAUCGCUGGUCGUUAUGAGUUCCGGAACAAAGGCGUGGACAUGUUUAUCGAAUCCCUGGCUCGUCUGAACCACCGUCUCAAGACAGCGGGUUCCAAGACAACCAUCGUGGCCUUCAUCAUUAUGCCGGCGCAGACGUCGUCUCUCACCGUCGAGGCCCUCAAGGGACAGGCGGUGGUCAAGUCGUUGCGGGACACCCUGGAGAUGGUGGAGAAGGGCAUUGGCAAGCGACUGUUUGAACGUUGUCUGUCCUGGAGAGAGGGCGACAACAUGCCCGAUGAGAAAGACCUCAUCACGGCGCAGGAUCGUGUGCUGCUCCGUCGCAGACUGUUUGCCAUGAAGCGCCACACGUUGCCUCCGAUUGUCACCCACAACAUGAUCAACGAUGCAGAGGACCCGAUCCUGAACCAGCUGCGACGGGUCCAGCUCUUCAAUCACCCUGAGGACCGGGUCAAGGUCGUCUUCCACCCCGAGUUCCUCAAUUCAUCUAACCCGGUGUUGCCAUUGGACUACGAUGAUUUUGUCCGGGGAACGCAUCUGGGCGUCUUCCCGUCUUACUAUGAGCCAUGGGGAUACACCCCUGCCGAAUGUACCGUCAUGGGCGUUCCCAGUAUCACGACCAAUCUCUCUGGGUUCGGCUGUUACAUGGAAGAGCUGAUCGAGAACUCGUCUGACUAUGGCAUCUACAUCGUGGACCGACGGAUGAAGGGUGUGGAUGACUCCGUCAACCAUUUGACAACCUGCAUGUACGACUUCGCCAUGAAGAGCCGCCGCCAGCGAAUCAACCAGCGUAACAGAACCGAGCGAUUGAGCGAUCUCUUGGACUGGAAACGCAUGGGCUUGGAGUAUGUGAAGGCCCGUCAGCUGGCCCUCCGAAGAGCAUACCCGGCCUCCUUUGACUCCAACGAGAACUUUGAUGAUAUUAUCGGCGGAACCGAACAGAAGAUCUCCCGACCUCUGUCCGUGCCCGGGUCACCACGAGACCGCUCCGGGAUGAUGACGCCCGGGGAUUUCGCGUCGCUCCAGGAAGGCCUGGAGGGGCUCAGCACGGAGGACUACAUUGCAUGGAAACUGCCCCGUGACCACAGAGAGGAGGAAGAGCCAGACGACUACGCAUUCCCGCUUACGCUUCGCACGAAGAAGCCCGCUGAUCGCCCCGGAUCCCCGCUUGACAAUGUCACUCUGAAUGGACGUCAUUAG